ACUCACAAAUCACAAUUCACAAUUCAGAAUUUCAAUUUUAAGUCGUCAGAUUGUAGUAAACUAGUUUAUUACUGUAUUAGUAAAAUAUUUUAAUUUAUAAUAAAAAUAUAAAAUGAUGUUUUGUUUCAUUAGUUAAUAAUUAUUUUUUUUUGUUAUCGAUUGCUUUUUGAGUAAUAGUCAUUUUCUACUCCUAUUCCAUUUGUUGAGUAAUUUUAUUUUACAAAAAUGUUAAUUAAAUAUUACUUGUGUUCAAUAUUAACGUUAAGCGUUGCUGCGUUCGCCAGUGCGUCCAAAGAGACUCUAGUACUACUCAACAAUUUAGUCAUCAAAGAGACACAUUCCAUUUUAUUUAACACACUCAAAGAAAGAGGAUAUCAUCUGACUUUCAAAUCAGCUGAUGACCCUACAUUAGUGCUUUCUAAGUAUGGAAAAUACUUUUAUGAAAAUUUAAUUAUUUUCGCUCCAACCGUCCAAGAAUUUGGUGGAUCUCUCAACAUUGAAACAAUUACUCAAUUCAUUGAUGACGGAGGCAAUGUUUUGUUUACUGGUGGUGUGUCUACUGGUUCUGCUUUGAGAGAGUUGGCUGCCGAAUGUGGUUUUGAAGUUACCGAAGAAAAUUCAUCUUUAAUUGACCAUUUGAAUUAUGAUGCCAGUGAUUCAGGAAAACAUACUUUGGUAGUAACCAGUUCAUCAAACCUAAUUAAAUCUGAAGAAAUUGUUGGAAAAAGUAAUGAAAAUCCACUGUUAUAUGAAGGAACUACAGUCAUUACAGAUCCAAAAAAUCCUUUAGUACUUCCUAUUCUUCAUGCGGAGUCUACGGCGUAUUCUUACAAACCAGACCUUCCAGUUAAAGAUUAUACAUUAGGAACAGGCAAAGAUUUAUUACUAAUUGCAGCUUUACAAGCAAGAAAUAAUGCCAGAGUUGUAUUUUCUGGUUCCUUGUACUUCUUUUCUGAUGUUGCUUUUAGGACUUCUGUACAAAAAGUUGAUGGAAAAACAUACAAUAUUUCUGGAAACCAAGAAGUUGCUUCAAACAUUGUUUUGUGGACAUUAAAAGAUAGAGGUAUGAUAAGAGUGAAGUCUGUAAAUCAUCAUAAAUUGGGCGAGUCGUCACCUCCACCAUCUUACACAAUUAUGGAUAUGGCUAUAUUUUUGGUAGAGUUGGAACGUUGGGAAAAUGGAAAAUGGAUCCCUCAUAACGCUAAUGAUGUUCAAGUCGAAUUUGUACGCAUAGAUCCGUUCUGGCGUGGAAAUCUUAAUAAUUUAAAAAAUGGCAAGUAUGAGUUCACAUUUAAAAUACCAGAUACAUAUGGAGUGUAUCAAUUUAAAGUAGAAUACAACCGCAUUGGGUUUACUGCAAUCAGAAGCUCCACCAUGGUGUCUGUAAUUCCACUGGAACAUACUCAGUAUGAAAGAUUUAUCUUAAGUGCAUAUCCAUAUUACUCAAGUGCUUUUUCAAUGAUGUUUGGUGUGUUUAUAUUCAGUUUUGUCUUCCUUCAUUAUCGAGAAGAUAAAGCAAAGGGAGAAUAAUUCAGACUGUUUAAUAUUAUAUUGUUUAACAUUACUCUUGAUAGAGAUAACUGAUAAUAAUAUUAUAAGUCCAAACUUAAAUAAUGUAUUAAUGAAUAAAUAUGUAAAUGUAUCUACUUCAAUUGAAAACAAAAUUCUGCACUUUAGCACCUACUGAUUUAAUUUUGUGAUUUUUUUUAUUAAAACAUCUUACUUAUAUCAGUUA